UUUGGGGGGGAUGUCAGCGGAUUCAUUAAUCAUCAGUUAUGAAGUGUAUGAUGUUUGAUAUGAUAUACUGGAGGAUGUAGCAUCUACUAUUUCUGAAGACAGGACAACUUAUUUAAAACAGCAAGGAUGACAAAUUCCAUGUCCAAAGAGGAGGAGAUUGUCCAGCUGCAGGACCUAAAUCAACAGUUAUGUGAUGAGCUGAGACAAUGCCAGGCAGACAAAGAUUUUGUUUGGUCGUUGUGGAAAAAGUUGCAGGUGGCCAAUCCAGAUGUAACAAAAGCUGUGUCACUGGUGGUUCAAAGAGAAAAAGAAAAGUCAGAGAAUAAGGACAGAAAAGUGCUGGAAAUACUACAGAUGAAAGAUGAGAGGAUUGAGGAAUUGCAAACACUUGUGGCGGCCCGAACCAAGGAACUUGGUGAAAUCGCUGUGCGGCGAAUGGACAACCAGGACAAUUUCGGCAAGUUACAGACUGAGAUGGACUGUCUUCGGGAUCGUAAUUCACACCUAGAAAUGCAGCUGAAGAGUUUUGAAAAUCGAGAGAAGACAAAAAGUGAGCUUCAUCACAGUACAGUGGAGAAUCUUCAGCAAAAGAACAGUGAACUACAUAUUCGUUGUGAAAAGCUGAAUGCCGAUCUUGAUUCAACAAAAAAAACUCUCGCAGAUCAUGUUGCACAAAAGGCUAACUUGGAAAACAAAUCUAAGAUGCUGGAAGCAGAUGUCUUGGAAAAGGUCUCUAGAUUUGAGGGCAUUAUUGGAGAGCUGGAGGAUUCUAAAAAGUUAUUGAGACGAUACGACUCACAGCUAAAACAAAGUCACAAAGAGACAGAGUUCAAAAACCAAGAGUUGGAAAACAUCAGGAAGGAAUUAUCUGAGCUAUGGGGCAGCCAUAAUCAGCUGACUGAACAUUCCAGUCAACAGGCAGAUCUCAUCAGGCAGCUCCAGUCUCUACAGCAGGACACUCAAAAAAUGAUGAAGAAUGCAGAGGAUGCCUACUGUAUGGAAGCUACAUCUGUCCAGGAUAUGUACACUGAACUGACCCAUCGGUAUGACGAGUCAAAAAAGAAGGAAUCAGAUCUUCGACAUCAAGUCCACUCACUCCGAAAGGAAAUAAUGGAGAAAGAUGACAUCAUAGCAAAUCUGCAAAGUAAAGUUGAUCGACGCCACAGGAAAAGGAACAAAGGCUCAUCUGCCCUUAAUGGCAGCUUUCUUGCCGACGAUAAGACUGAUGAAAUGGACACUAUGAUGGAUUUAGAAUUUAGAGUGAAAAGUAUGCAAAGGGAGAUAAAUCUGCUACAAGAAGAGUUGGCUGCCAAAGACAGACAAAUUGAUAAACUUGAAAGUGAACAGGGGAAUUCAGAUAUAGAGUUUGAUGUAUCAGGGCUGAAUCGUCGAGACAGGACACAUUCCACACCUGCUCGCGAUACCGACAAACUCAGGCCUUCUCGACCAACUGCUCCUAAAGCUGGUAACAAGCGGUCAAGGUCUGUGUCACCACGGACACAAGUCCAAGACAAGGAUGUCAAACUGAGGCUGAUUAAAGCUGAGCGAUCAUUAGAAGAUACCAAGAAUUUACUCAAAUUAAAGAAUCGAGAAGUGGAGGAGAUGAAGAAAGCCCAUGCCAAGCGUCAGGCUCGACUUAAGGAAGCUAAUGCCAACUACAAAAUUGUCAAGGAGCAGCUGAAAUCAAUGGAAGAUGAACAUUUUGGAAGAAAGAAAAAGAAAGGUAGACGUGCGGACCCAAGAGAUCUGCGGACUGAGAACAGUGAUGGUGUGUGGAAUGAACUAGCCCACUACAAGAGUGAGAACAGAAAUCUACUUGUAGAAAGAGCCAGUAUUGAGGAGGAGGUAGAUUCUUUAAGGGUAAAAACCAGUGAGGAUGCCGCUACCAUUCAUGAACUUCGAAUAGCACUUACACAGGAGAAAGAAGGACGACAACAUGAUCGACGUAAAACAGAUCUGAGGACACAAGCACGAUCAGACCAAGAGACUGAGAUACGUCUACUCAAGUCUGAGAUACAAAGUAAAGAUGUUAAACUGGACAGGAUACAAAGAGAACUGGACGAUUUAGGGGAGGAAAAACGAAACUUAAUGGAGGAAAAACGGACUCAGAAGGCAGAAAUUCUUGAACUAAAGCAAGACCAAGCUCAGCAUCGGAUACAGACAGCUGACCACAAACACAGCAUCAAACGGUUAGAGCAGGAGCUAGAUGAAGAGAGAACUAGAUGCAGUAUACUACAGCAGGGUAAGGACGUGGCAGGGUCUAAAUCUAAACACAGGAUACGCAACAAGGACUGGAGGACAGGAAGUCGUGUAGCCAGACAGUACCAGAAGUCUCUCAACAAGAGUAUAGAAAAGAUGAAGUCAGUGUUUCAGAACUUUGAGGACGAAGGAUGGGAGGAAGUCUCUGGUUCUCAGGAUGAGGAGGAAACUGAAAGUGAUACUCUGGGACAAGCCAUCGUGUCAAGGUCACGCACACAACUCUCACCUAGUGACUGUACAGACAGCUCCUACACCUCACAGGUCAAGCCUCGCCCUAAAGUGAAGCAGUCCCUACUGCAAAGACAAUCAACACGUACUCGGCGAUCUGUUAUACGCAAUCUACAGAAAGGACCUCGUUCAUCACAAUCUGAUGCACCUGUUUCUGCUAGUGCCACAUCAGCUGAUGUAGCACGUACAGUUGUGUUACGUGAGACUGGCACUUCACCGAUGAACCAAGCCUCAUCGAAGGAUAUAAUAACACCUUCUCCUUCACCUGCCAAACUGCACGAACAAAAGAUGGCCCAUAACCACACCCUGCGACAACUCAAACAGACAAAACAGAGGGUCCUAAAUCUACAACAACAGGUAACUAACCUUCGUGAUUCAAGGGCAGCUACUCUGAAGGCUUUCCAAGAACACAAAGAUGCCAGUCAACAGAUGGAAUCAGACCUUCACUUAGCCAAUCAGAGACUUCGAGUAUCAAAACAAAACAUACAGAAAAUGAGUAAUGAAAUAGAAAAGUUGCAUAAGGAGAAGGCUCACCUGGAGAGUCAGCAGAUCUUGAGAGAGGAAACCAGCACUCCAGCAGUGAGUGUAGACAAACAUACAGAACAGGACUGGAAAGUGCUGGAACAAAGACUAAAGAUGUCAUCCAGUGAAGUUUGUCGACAGUCUGCUUCUCUAAGACAAAUGAAACAAGAAAACACAGGUCUUCAGGAACAGAUCCGAAACCUGCAGGACAGAAUCAACCACUUAGAGAGAGACAACAACCAGAAAAGAUCUCUGAUUGAGGAUACAAGAAAUAAGUUACGAAUCGCACAGGACAACUCUCGUACGGAAUCCAACAGCAUGGAAGAAAUGGAAACACGAAUCAAACUGUUACAGGAAGGUGCUGAUAGGUCACGGAUACAGGCGGAUUCUUUAAAAAAGAGGCUGAGCGCCAUCACUCGAGAGAAGAAGGAAUACGAAGACAGAUUCCUUAAGGCACACAAUGACCUUGAAAGGAAGACAAAAUUGCUGAUGGACUGUCAGAACAAGAAGAUGGAGUUGGAGGAUGCUGUUAGGGAAUUAGAGGCCACAGCACAACAACAACUACGAGGACUUGCCAAUCAGAGUGAGGCUGCUAUUGAGGCUGCUCAGGAUAAACUCGGUGUUGCCUAUGGAAAAGUACAGAUAUAUCAACAGUUUGUGAAGGGACUGGCAAAUGACUUGGUUAGGAGGAUAGGUCAGACACGAUCCCAGCUGAAGGAUAUCCAGGUCAGGAAGGAAGAGGAAGAACAGAUUCAGAGACAGAUUCAGAAUCAGAGUCAUGGAAAUGCUUCACUCCAGAAAGCACAAAGUUUGGCCCGAAACAUCCUCAAUCUUAGUCAGUCUGAUCUGGAUGACAUAAUGAGUGCUGAUGGAGAUUCAAUAGCAGAAAGUGACAUUAGUACAGAUAGAAGACUUGACAAGAAAUGGACCAAAAAAUGUGAAAAACUCAUGGCUGGAAAGGAUGACUUUGCCCUUCCACUGAUAGAACUGUUCGUUCAGAAGAUUGAGGAACGCAGUGAGCUUUUACUAAAACUUCAACAGACAGCAAGCUGAGAGAGAAUGCAAAGAAUCCCAUCAGAGAGCAAGCUGAGAGAACACGCACAGAAUCCGCAUCAAAUGGCCAGCAGAGAGAGAUCACAUGAUUACUCUUAAAUAGAACAAUAGGAAUCUCAAAAUAACUUAAAUAGUGUUCUAUAGACAAGUAUUUAAUGGAACAGUUUACUAUUAAGAGAUCUAGAUCACAUGUCCACAGGUGACCUCAUGUAGAACACUUGCUGAUCCACAGGUGACCUCAUGUAGAAUACUUGCUGAUCCACAGGUGACCUCAUGUAGAACAUAGAUAUCCAGGUUAUCUUAACUUUUGGUAGAUAAUCUGUACCUUAUCAUAGAUUUCAAUUUUUUUUACGAUUUUUGCAUAUUCCAAUAUUACAGGAACUAGGCAUUAGGAUAUUUAAUACAUCAUGAUUUUGUCUGGUUGUAUUUCAGUUCGAUCUUUCUAGAGCAUAUAGUUAUAAAUGAUAUACUUCUUGUAACCUCUCCUGUAUUUGGUGUAGUUAUGUUGGUAAAAUUUAGAACACAUAUAGUUUUCUAUGUUCAAUUAAUUCCGUCCCAGUCCUUUUGUCACAUCAGUGCUGUGUUUUUUUACAAGAGAAGACUUGUUUUUAAGUUUGAAUAAGGAGAAGAUACAGUUUGAUAUUGUAUAUAUUUUAUUUAUCAAAUGUAAUAUCUAUAAUAUUAAAUAUUUGUAUUUAA